UCACUCUCUCUCUCUCUCUCUCUCUCUCUCUCUCUCUCUCUGUCCCUCUCUCCCUCUCUCUCUGUCUCUCUCUGUCUCUCUCUCUCUCUCUCUCUCUUUCUCUCUCUCCUCCCCAUCCCCCGUCCCUGCUCUAAACCCGGCAGAAGAGUGAGGGAGCAAAGGAAGGAUUGUCUUGGGAGGGGGAGGGGAUUGUGCCAUUCGCACUCGGCACUGUUGCAAUUUCCUCUGCUGACUGAAGUUGGUAUGAAACUUUGCUGACAGCGAUGAAAAGCCAUGGCUUUCUGCUCUGCUCAUUCAUGUGAGGCAGGCAAGAGCAAGGCCGAACUCCACCAGGAACCUGCACUGUCCCAGUAACUGCAGACAUCGGAGACCUGCUGUGGCCCCUCACUCCUGUGUGAUUCGAACAAAAUAACUUCCAAGUGUGGGGAAGUGUGCCUGAAGGCCGGAGCUUUGCAUUAACGGUUACACUGGGGUGUGUGACACUCUCUCAGUAACCGAGAGGGAGAGAAGCUGCAGGUUAUGCUGUCCCAAAGACAUUCACUGAACUUGCGUGAAAAGGAAAAGGGUUAAAAAGAGACGUCUUUAAUUACGUGCUGAUAACUACGCUGAGGUGACACAAUGGAUUUGCCAGUUUCACCUGAAAUUCACAUUGUUGUUCAGGGUACUGAGCAGGAUGCGCUUCCUACAGCGCCCCUCAGGAUUGAAGAUGAUGAGGAGGAUGAUCUGAACAAAACCUGGGGUGUUGAGAGGUUCGAUGAUCUCCUCCACGAUGCAUCCAGUCGGAAUGUGGAUGAAGUGCGGCGCACCUUCGAUGAGGCAGAUUUUGAGUAUCACCGUCACUCUUCCCUUCACACCCACCACCCCCUCUCCACACACCUGCCAUCGGAGGGCCGCAGGAAGAAGGGCAGCCAGAAGAAGAGCAAGAAGACGGCCUCUUCCCCAACCGGCGCGCCCACCAUCGAGGAAGGGGAUGAGGAGGAUGAGCAGAGCGAUGGCGCGGAGAAGAAGGAGCCCAAGGAAGGCCCUGUCCCAUCCGACACCGCUGGAGACGUUCAGUUCUUUAUGCCUGAUGAGGAGUUGGAAGUUAGCACGGCUUCACUGAAAGCACCGGAUGGCAGCCAGAAGCAGCAGGACGCACCAUCUCCCCAGACGGAGCCUGACACAGACAUCCAACGCAGUCAGCUCAGCAAGAGCACUGAGCACAUCGCAUUGAGGGCAGCCGCAGUCAGCGCCCCCAGUCUGCUGGAGGAGAGCCGGGUCCUACUGAAGACACCACUGGCCCAUCGCAGCAGUUACGACCUGAAGGAGCGGCGGCGGAUCGGGAGCCAGACCACCGUCAAUGAGGCCAAGUUCCAAAAGAUACCGACCGACGAGCUGGAGGCAGAGAUGUUGGCUGUGGCCGAUUUGGACUAUAUGAAAAGUCACCGAUUUGAGGAUGUUCCGGGAGUGCGACGGCACUUGGUCAGGAGGAGCACAAAGGGGACAGUUGUACAUGUGGGGAAGGAUCAGUCUGAGCUCUAUCCCAAGGCCAAGAAACCCGAUCGGCAGCCGCAUGAGGUGUUCGUUGAACUGAACGAGUUAACGAUGGAUAAGAAUCACGAGAUGCAGUGGAAGGAGACGGCCAGGUGGAUCAAGUUUGAGGAGGAUGUGGAAGAGGAAACGGAUCGCUGGGGAAAGCCACACGUGGCUUCACUCAGCUUUCGGAGUUUGCUGGAACUCAGGAAGACAUUGGCACAUGGAACAGUUCUCUUGGACUUGGACCAGAAAAGUUUGCCGGGUAUUGCACAUCAGGUAGUGGAACAGAUGAUCAUCUCUGACCAGAUCAAAGCCGAGGAUCGAGCCAACGUUCUGCGGGCGCUGCUCCUCAAACACAGCCACCCCAACAAGGACAAGGACUUCUCGUUUUCACGCAACAUCUCAACGGCAAGCUUGGGCUCACUGAUGGCCCACCAUCACAGCCAAAAUCACAUCGCUCCGACCUCCGAUCCCUCCGUCACACAGCCACUGAUGGGGGAGAGCACUGACGCCGAGGUCAAAGUGACAGUGGACAGCACCGAGAAAGAAUGUCCACUGUCUGAGAUGACCAGAUCAAGAUCCAAGCACGAACUGAAGCUCCUGGAGAAAAUCCCCUACAAUGCAGAGGCCACCGUUGUACUUGUCGGGUGUGUUGAGUUCCUGGAACAUCCGACCAUGGCGUACGUUCGGCUGCAGACAGCAGUGGAGCUGGAGUCGGUGUUGGAGGUUCCCAUCCCAGUCCGUUUCCUCUUCAUCUUGCUGGGACCGACCACCAGUAACAUGGACUACCACGAGAUCGGGCGCUCCAUCUCCACCCUUAUGUCAGACAAGAACUUCCAUCGAGCUGCUUACCAGGCAGACGACCGGAACGAUUUGUUGAAUGCAAUCAACGAGUUCCUGGACAGCAGCAUCGUCAUCCCUCCCUCCGACGUCCCUGGAGAGGAACUGCUGCUCUCGGUCGCACAGUUCCAGCGCAAGAUGCUGAAGAAGAGACAGGCGAAAGAGGAGAAGGCGUUGUCCAAAGAGGUCAAGAGUCAGGAGGAAAGAGCUCUCCUGAAGCCAAAGAAGUCGGAUGAUGAGGACCCUCUGAGGCGGACAGGGAAACCGUUCGGUGGGAUGAUCCGGGAUGCUGCCCGCAGGUAUCCUCAGUACCUGAGUGACUUUAAGGACGCCCUGAACCCACAGUGUAUGGCCGCCAUCAUCUUCAUUUACUUCGCUGCCCUUUCUCCAGCCAUCACAUUCGGAGGGUUGCUUGGGGAGAAGACCAUGGGUUUGAUUGGUGUCUCAGAGCUCAUCAUUUCAACAGCCAUACAGAUGAUUAUCUUCGGUUUGUUGGGGGCACAGCCGCUGCUGAUCGUUGGGUUUUCUGGCCCAUUGCUUGUAUUUGAAGAAGCUUUCUUUAAGUUCUGUGACUCGAACAGCAUGGACUACCUGACUGGCCGGGUGUGGAUUGGGUUCUGGCUGAUUGCCAUCGUGGUGCUGAUCGUAGCGUUUGAGGGCUCCUUCCUCGUGCGAUUCAUCUCCAGAUUCACCCAGGAAAUCUUUGCUUUCCUCAUCUCAAUAAUAUUUAUUUAUGAAACAUUCUACAAACUGGUAAAGAUUUUCAAGGACCAUCCUCUCCGUGGCUGUACCAACAGUACCCAGAAUGUAACCCUUCCAUCUAUCACCUUCCAAAACACCACUGACAUGAGCAAAGGGAGCGUGAAACGGAUGGGGGAGCCAAACACGGCACUGCUCUCGCUGGUCCUGAUGGCAGGCACCUUCUUCAUCGCCUUCUUCUUACGCAAGUUUAAAAACAGCCGUUUCUUCCCCGGGAGAGUUCGGCGUGUGAUUGGGGAUUUCGGCGUUCCUAUAGCGAUCCUCAUCAUGGUCCUGGUGGACUAUUCCAUCCAGGAGACCUACACCCAGAAACUGAGUGUUCCCACUGGUCUGUCUGUCACUUCUCCGGACAAACGUGGUUGGUUUAUUAAUCCUCUGGGGAGGGGUGGUGACUUCCCCAUCUGGAUGAUGUUUGCCAGCGUGAUUCCCGCCAUCUUGGUUUUCAUCCUCAUCUUUAUGGAGACAAUGAUCACUACACUAAUCAUCAGCAAGAAGGAGAGGAUGUUAACCAAAGGAUCUGGGUUCCACCUGGACCUCCUGAUCAUCGUGGCGUCGGGAGGGGUGGCAGCCCUGUUCGGAUUGCCCUGGCUCGCUGCAGCCACAGUCAGAACCGUCACCCAUGUCAACGCACUCACCGUGAUGAGCAAGUCUGUGGCGCCCGGAGAUAAGCCCAAGAUUGAAGAGGUCAAGGAGCAGAGGGUGACGGGACUGGUUGUGGCAGUCCUGGUGGGCCUGUCCAUUGUGAUUGGUGACCUCCUACGGAAGAUCCCGCUGGCUGUGCUGUUUGGAAUCUUCUUGUACAUGGGUGUCACCUCACUGAAUGGGAUCGAACUGUACGAACGCAUCCAGCUGCUGCUCAUGCCUUCCAAGCACCACCCGGACCACGUGUACGUGCGGAAGGUGAAGACUCUGCGGAUGCACUUGUUCACCAUCAUCCAGAUCUUCUGCCUGGCCAUUCUCUGGGCCGUCAUGUCCACUGUGGCCUCGCUCGCAUUUCCUUUCGUGCUCAUCCUGACCGUUCCCCUGAAGGUUUUUGCACUCACCAGGAUUUUCACGGAUCGAGAGAUGAAAUGUCUGGAUGCAGACGAUGCCCAACCCACCUUUGAUGAGAAGGAGGGGCUGGAUGAAUAUGACGAGCUCUCGAUGCCGGUGUGAGGCUGUGGAAGCAGCUGUAAUCCCAUUGUGAUGCCGGGCAAGGAUGGAGGAGCCAGUCAACACCUGUCACCGUUAACCUGUCCAGCAACACCUGUCACCGCCAACAUCCGUCACCGUCAACCUGUCCAGCAACACCUGUCACCGCCAACAUCUGUCACCGCCAGCGCCUGUGUCAACAUGUCACCGCCAACAUCUGUCACUAUGAAACAAUCAGUACCGACGUAUAUUGGUAUCGACAUCUGUCAGUAUCAGUGUGUGUCACCAAGGUCCAUCUUGUCAUGACAACAUGUGGUGAUCAAUUCCUUGUCACCAAAGUCCAUCUCGGCCAAAUCACUCUCCACCUCUGUCAGGGUUACUGGUCACCUUGAGAGCCAGGCAGGUUGGGACCAAGCUCCGGCCACACAACCAGCGGAGACCAGAAUUCACAGACCAGUCGUACGUUUAGGAAUUCCUUUAGGUUUCAACGUCAGAAAAGAGAAAGACGAUGGACAAAGCCAUGCCAGUGAUCCAGAACUUUGUGAAGGUCAUUGAGAUACCAGAGACUGUAAUGUUGUUCCGUAGUGAGAGGCCGAGGAAGAUGAGCUGGUGGUCUGGUCUCAUCUCAGAGAUACACCUCGGCUGCACGAUGGGUUCAACCAGUUAAUCCCAGAGACAGGUCCUGGUGCUGUUCAAUCACCUCCACCCCUCAACCGCUCCUCCAAACCCCGUCCUCCCUCCCACAGCUCUCCCCACCCUCUCCCACACCUCCUCCCCACCUCCCACAUGAAAACAUUGAGCUGCUGUCAGAUGCCAAGAUUCGAUCCUUUCCUCUGUAACCCCCCCCCCCCAGUGCCCUCUGACCUUUGGCCUUUUCCGUAGCCUGUUGGAUUUGAUUGAAUUCCCAAGCCCUUCGCGAUCGACUGCUGGUCUUGACGUGAACAUUAUAUUAUUCUGCCCUCACAUCUCCAGCCUUGAGGCUGUUCUGUCAGCUUCCUGUUCCUGGGACAGGCGGUGGGUUACCCAGGCACGAAGCUGCCAGUUCACCCUGAUCUCCAGGACCCAUAGCUGCCACUUGUCUGGAGGUUUUCCAGCCCAAGUGGAGAUGGUCUCCUCCCUUGUGGAAAGAGUUGGAUAGAAACGGUUUGAUUUGCAGUUGUAGCUGGGUGCUGUUUGGCUUAAUUCCAGCUGAGUUCUAGGUGUGUGGAAUCUGCCCAGGAGCUGACAGCCACACCAGCUGCACUGGGCACUGAGAUGAGACCUUGGUUAGCAUUACUUGCUUCGAAUUGUGCCAAAGAUCUGUUUUAUUUGUGAGGUGAGUGGGUCAGGUGUGGGCUGACUGGUCAACUACAGGGCAUUGGGAAUGGGGAAGCUGUGGGGAGGGGAGUCUCUGCCCCAGGGAUGUGUUACCUCAGCAGAACCAAGCCCAGUCAUAUGGCACAGAAACAGGCCCUUUGGCCCAACUGGUCCAGGCUAACCAAGGAUCCCAUCUAAGCUAGUCCCAUUUUUGACCCACAUCCCUUUAAACCUUUCCUAUCCAUGUACCUAUCCAAGUGUCCUUUAAACAUUGUUAUUGUACCCGCUGUACCUCUGCUCCACAGAGAAAGCAAAAGGUACAAUCUCAAUAACUGGUGACACUUCGUACCUUGCAUCAGUCUGCCACAGUGCUCACUGCAUGACCAGCAGGUCCCAGUGCCAAUGGUUCAGUGGGGUUUCCAGUGGUAGGUCCCAGUGACAGGAUCCAGUGUCAAGCCAGUGGCAGGUCCCAGUGCCAGUUGGUCUAAUGCUGGUCAGUCCAGUGGGUCCGACCCAGUGCUGGUCAGUCCAGUGGGUCGUACUCAGUGCUGGUCAGUCCAGUGGUGGUUCCAGUGCUAGUCAGUCCCAGUGGGUCAUACUCAGUGCUGGUCAGUCCAGUGGUGGUUCCAGUGCUGGUCAGUCCCAGUGGGUCGGACUCAGUGCUGGUCAGUCUAGCAGCAGGUGGCGGUGCCAGUAUGGCCAGAAAAGCACUGGUCCCAAGUGCCCCAGUGAGGGGGGAACUGAGCAUCAGUCCAUGUCCUCGGUCAGCACCAGCUGCUGUGUCCACCUCUGCCACUGUGGGCCCCACACCCUCUGCCCCUCCACACUGGCCCAUGGCUUCAACAGGUUAAACUUAUAUUUAUACAGACCAAUGUCAAUUACUUUAGAUUUCUAGUUAAAAUCCAAGUGAUCUUAUUGUUAUCUUGUAUAUUUGUACUGUAGGUGUUCACCUUGAAUGACCUGUAUAAAAAUCAUUUUGUAGUAGAA